AUGGGAGAGAAUCCUCCUCAACCAUUGUUAAGAGACUAUGACCACCCCAACGCAUUCCAACUUCGGAGUGGCAUACGUCUUCCCACCACAAAUGCAAACAACUUUGAACUUUCACCUCAACUCAUCCGUAUGAUUCAAAGCGAUCAAUUCGGAGGUAGUCCUCAUGAGUGUCCUUUUGCUCAUUUGGACAACUUUCUUGAGUUGUGUACAACUAUCAAGCAAAACAACAUUUCGGAAGAGUUCAUCCGUAUGCACAUGUUUCAAUUCUCCCUCCGUGAUAAAGCAAAACAUUGGUUGAGAACGGUUGAAGAGGGAUCAUUGAGUACAUGGGACGAAGUCACUAGAGCCUUUCUUGGAAAGUAUUGUCCUCCGGAAAAGACCGCCGAACUAAGAAGAAAGAUCACCAAUUUCAAUCAAGACAUUGAUGAAACAUUGAGUGAAGCUUGGGAGCGUUUCAAAGAUUACACAAGGAAAUGCCCCCACCAUGGUUUUACAUCAUGGAUCAUUGUACAAAGCUUCUAUGACGGUCUUACUCCUAUUUCAAGGGCCAACCUUGAUUCCGGGGCCGGUGGUAGCCUCAAAAAGCUAUCAGUGGACGAUGCAUACAAGAUGAUUGAAGAAGUGGCCAAGCAUUAUGCAUAUGGAGGUGAUAGAAGGCAACCUCAAACAAAGAAGGGCGGAAUUCAUGAUCUUAGUGCAAUAGAUCUUAUUGCAUCAAAGUUUGAUAUGCUAGCUCACAAGCUAGAUCAAGCCACCCUCACACCCUUAAGCUCUUCCUCGCAAGUCAUGUCUUGUGAGACUUGUGGAGGAAAUGAUCACUUGUCCUCUUAUUGCAACUCAACGAAUCAAGAGCAAGCGGCGGCAAUUGGGCAAAGGAAUGAACAAUACUCCCAAUCCCACAAUCAAAGUUGGAAGCCCCAACAUAACACGGGAUGGAAGCAAUACAACCAAGGCCCCCCACAAAAUAACUACAACCAAAAUCAAACCCAACCUCAAAACCACUACAACCAACCUCAAUCACAAAACCAACAAGCUCCAUACCGCCAUCCCAACCAAAGGGAUCAAAACCACCAAAGAUCACAAUAUAACCAACCCGCUCCUCCUCCUCCACCUCCUCAAAAGACUAGCCUUGAGUCCGUUCUUGAAACUUUCAUGACUCAACAAAUAAGGAACAAUGCGGAGAUGAAUGCAAACAUCCAACAACUCCAAGCACAUAAUAAGAUAAUGGAGGGCCAAUUGGCUCAAAUUGCACAACAAGUUGGAAGUUCAUCCUCCAAUCCUAGUGGUCACUUUCCAAGCACAACGGUAAUGAAUCCAAAAGAGCAAGCGAAAUCAAUCACCUUGAUUAUGGAAGGGGGGUAUGAAACUCCAAUUAUGAGAGAAAAUUUUUCCAAAAAGGGAGAUAGUUGGGUAGAUGAAAGUGAGUUUGAAAAUGAAGUGAGUGAGGAGGCGAGAGGAAGGUCAAAAAUGAGUGAUGAGGGUGCCUCAAAGAGAGAUGAGGGAGAAGUGAAGAGUCAAGCUCCAUUGAGAGCAUAUGAGCCUCAUAUUCCAUUCCCUCAUAGAAUGAUAGAGAAGAUGCUAAAUGAGAAACUUUCUAAGUUCCUUGAUGAAAUGGAAGGACUUCAAUCAAACAUUCCACUUCUCCAUGCUUUGUCUCAAAUGCCUACAUACGCAAAGUUUUUGAAAAAUAUUCUUUCUAACAAGAGUAGGCUUGAGGAGAGUGAUUCUAUCUCUCUUCCAACGGAGAUAAGUGCUAUUCCUCAAAAUGAGCUUCCCGAGAAUGUUAGCCUUAUGCCUCUCUCUAUGGCAAAAAGAUUAAAUCUUGGGGAGAUUAGCCCCACCAAAAUGUCAAUCCAACUAGCCGACCGCUCGGUUAAAGUCCCAUUGGGAGUCUUGAAGGACAUCCCAAUUCAAGUGGGGAAGGUUCUUGUGCCUUGUGAUUUUGUAAUCAUGGAGAUGGAUGAGGAUUUCAAAAUUCCUAUCAUAUUGGGUAGGCCCUUUUUGAAAACCGCGGGUGUUAAUAUUGACAUGAAACAAGGGCGACUUACCUUACAUGUUGGGCAUGAAAGAAUCUCUUUCUCAUUUCCGGAAACGUUGAAUGACCCCAUGGGUAAACAAGUUCAUCGGGUUGAUGUUUUGGUUAAAAUUUUGAAAGAAGACAUGGAGGAGUCACAAGAUGAAUCGACUCAUGCUCCGGAGGUGAAAAAGCAAGAGAGGGCCAAGAAGAAAAAGAAAAACAAGAUCAAGUUGAUAGACAAGAUGUUUGGUUGCAUUUCUAGUGAUGAUAGCAAUGUGAUUAUUUUGCCUAAGGAAAAUGGCAAGUGCUUAUAUCUCAUGGCGGACGAUCAUGAUCCUCGUUUGGUAGAGGACAUUGACGAUGAUGAGUAUGAGGACGAGUACGAGGAUGACGACUCCGAUGAUAGUGAUGCUCCUUAUGAUGUGAAUAAGGAGGAUGACUUGGGUGAGCCAGAGGAUCAGGCUCAAGAUGAGUUCGAGCGUAGGCUUGACGAUUUUGAAAUGUCAGAUGAACGUGCACCGGCCAUUGCCAAGGACAAGAUGAAAACAACAUAG